GUGGGCAAAAAAGGGGGCCACACUUUCCCUAGGCCUGACUGAACUUUAACUCUUCUACUAAUUAAACAACACCGAGUUCUAUACUUUGCGUAACCCUGGGAACUGGUCAUCAGCCUUUGACCUCAGCCCUCCUCUCCUGACUAGCUCCCUCCUCCACCUGGCCUCUGAACCUCCCUCAGAUUCAGAGGGAGGAAGCAGAUUGUCUCAUCCAGCACCACUUCCACCGGCCCUUCUCUGUAGAAGCACAUCCGCCAUGUAUUCCAAAGGGAUAGGAAGGGCGGCUGCUGGAGAGAGGAAGGUAUGUCUCCUCUCUCUGCUACUCAUUGGUGCCUGGGGCUGUGUGAUCUGUCGUGGAAGCCCCGUGGACGAUGUCUGCAUUGCGAAGCCCCGGGACAUUCCUGUGAAUCCCAUGUGCAUUUACCGCUCCCCAGCGAAGAAGGCCACCGAGGAGGAUGGCCUAGAGCAGAAGGUCCCAGAGGCCACCAACCGUCGGGUCUGGGAACUAUCCAAAGCCAAUUCUCGAUUUGCCACUACCUUCUAUCAGCACCUGGCCGACUCCAAGAAUGACAACGACAACAUCUUCCUGUCGCCCUUGAGCAUCUCCACGGCUUUUGCCAUGACCAAGCUGGGUGCUUGUAACAAUACUCUCAAGCAGCUGAUGGAGGUUUUUAAAUUUGAUACCAUCUCCGAGAAAACAUCCGACCAGAUCCACUUCUUCUUUGCCAAACUGAACUGCCGACUCUACCGAAAAGCCAACAAGUCCUCCAACUUGGUCUCAGCCAACCGCCUUUUUGGAGACAAAUCCCUCACAUUCAACGAGACCUAUCAGGACAUUAGUGAGAUUGUCUACGGAGCCAAGCUCCAGCCCCUGGACUUCAAGGAAAAUUCAGAGCAAUCCAGACUGACCAUCAACAGCUGGGUAGCUAACAAGACUGAGGGCCGCAUCAAAGAUGUCAUCCCGCAAGGAGCCAUCGACGAGCUCACUGCCCUGGUGCUGGUUAACACCAUUUACUUCAAGGGCCUGUGGAAGUCAAAGUUCAGCCCUGAGAACACAAGGAAGGAGCAGUUCUACAAGGCUGAUGGGCAGUCCUGCCAGGUGCCUAUGAUGUACCAGGAAGGCAAAUUCAGAUACCGCCGUGUGGCAGAAGGCACCCAGGUGCUGGAGCUGCCCUUCAAGGGUGAUGACAUCACCAUGGUGCUCAUCCUGCCCAAGGCUGAAAAGAGCCUGGCCAAGGUGGAGCGGGAGCUCAGCCCCGAGCUGCUGCAGGAGUGGCUGGAUGAGCUGUCGGAGGUGCUGUUGGUGGUCCACAUGCCCCGCUUCCGGACUGAGGACAGCUUCAGUCUGAAGGAGCAGCUGCAAGACAUGGGCCUUGUUGAUCUCUUCAGCCCCGAGAAGUCCCAGCUUCCAGGAAUUGUCACGGAGGGCAGGGAUGACCUCUAUGUCUCCGACGCAUUCCACAAAGCAUUUCUUGAGGUAAAUGAGGAAGGCAGUGAGGCAGCAGCGAGCACUUCUGUUGUGAUUGCUGGUCGUUCGUUGAACCCCAAUAGGGUGACCUUCAAGGCCAACAGGCCCUUCCUGGUUCUUAUAAGGGAAGUAGCGCUGAACACUAUCAUAUUCAUGGGGAGAGUGGCUAAUCCUUGUGUGAACUAACAUAUUCUUAAUGUUUGCACCUUUUCCUACUUUGGUGUUUGUGAAUAGAAGUAAAAAUAAACACACUGCCACCUCACAA